AUGGUUGAUGCAGAUUCAAUUGGAUCCUUCGAAGAGAAACCUGAUGCAGAUUGUGAUGAUAGGGAUGAUCCGAAUGAGGUUGUAACUGCUGUCGUUGAUGAGAAUAUCGUUCUGGAUGAUACCAAUGAUGCAAGUUCCAGUGUAGACUCCGACUCAGCCUUUGAGGUCAUCUCAGACGUCAGUUCUAGGGACGAUAACAAUGUAGAUGUUGCUAGUGGGAUAGUAGCAGAGGAAGUUGUCGACUGUGUCAGUUCUAGUGUCUCCUCUGAUGUGAUUUCUGAUGAUAAUGAUGAUGAUAUAGAUGUUGGCAAAGUAGUAGCUGAUGCAGUGGAGGGUGAGGUAGUCGAUGGUGUUGACCUGAGUGUAUCCUCUGAUGUUGUUGAUGUGGAUUCCAACGAUGAGGGUAGUUGUGUAGGUUCUGAGGAUGUCGAUAUUGGGGACGGUGUUGGCAGGGUAGAAUCCAAGUCAGACGAGAAACUUGACGUAGAACCCGACGACGUGGAAAAAAGGGUGGAUGAAAUUAAUAAGGAUGUCUCCGAUAAUAUUGAAUCAGAGGUAGACGAUAUAGGUAGUGUAGAAUCUGUUGAUAUAGAUUGUGAGGUAGGUGAAGUUGGUAAGGGAGUCUCUGAUGAUAUUGUAUCAGAGGUAGGCAAUGUUGAUUGUAAAGAAUCUGAUGAUAUUGGCUGCAAGGUGGAUAAAACUGAAGAUAAGGUUUCAGAUGGCAUCGAAUCUGAGGUAGAUGAGAUAGAUGAUGUAGAAUCUGUUAAUAUAGAUUGUGAGGUGGAUGAAGUUGGUAAGGAAGUCUCUGAUAAUAUUGCAUCAGAGGUAGGUUGUAUAGAAUCUGAUGAUGUAGACUGUAAGGAGGAUGAGAUUGAUGACGAAGUCUCUGGCGAUGUCGAUGUAGUUGUUGAGGAUGUUGCUAUUUCCUUUAUAGCCAAGUUCCAUAAAGGUGCCGAAUAG